AUGGAUUGUCUCCAAACUUCGCCCAGCCACUCCUGGACUUACCCCACUGUCAUCCUCUGCUUGUAUGGGUUUUUCUCCAUGAUGAGACCCUCAGAACCCUUCCUUAUCCCGUAUUUGUCUGGACCAGACAAAAACCUGACCACCGCGGAGAUGACCAACGAGGUCUUCCCGGUGUGGACAUACUCGUCCCUGGUGCUCCUGCUGCCGGUGUUCAUCCUCACCGAUUACCUCCGCUACAAGCCGGUCAUCCUGCUCCAGGCGAUCGGCUUCAUCGUCACCUGGCUGCUGCUCUUGUUUGGCCAAGGAGUGACAGCCAUGCAGGUGGUGGAGUUCUUCUAUGGGACGGUCACCGCCACCGAGGUGGCCUACUUUGCCUACAUAUACAGUGUGGUGAGCCCGGAGCACUACCAGAAAGCGAGCAGCUACUGCAGGGCUGUCACACUGGUGGCCUACGCGGCGGCCUCGGUGCUGGCCCAGCUCUUGGUGUCCCUGGCCAGAGUCUCAUACUUUCACCUCAAUGUCAUAUCCUUGGUCUCUGUCUCUGCGGCUUUCCUUUUCUCCCUUUUUCUACCAAUGCCCGAGAAAAGCAUGUUUUUUCAUGCAAAACCCAGGAAUGCAGUUCAGAAGUCAUCGAGCACGAACGCAAUGUUAGAUGAACCCCGCGAAGGGGCCGCACCCCGCUGCAAUGAGGAGAAGCCCGCUUCGGAAAUAGCCACCACUUCAGGGAGCCUGGGUGAUGACCGGCUGAGGGACCCAAAGCCGGAGAAUGUCGCCCUGAGAGUUUUCGUGCAGUGGUUCCAGGAUUUGAAGGAGUGCUACUCCUCCAGGCGACUUUUAUACUGGUCCCUGUGGUGGGCUCUCUCCGCAGCAGGUUUCAACCAGAUUUUGAACUAUGUUCAAGUCCUGUGGGACUACAAGGCACCGUCCCAAAAUUCUGUCAUCUAUAACGGGGCAGUAGAAGCUAUCGCAACCUUUGGAGGGGCCGUGGCUGCCCUGGCAGUGGGGUAUGUGAAAGUCGACUGGGACCUGCUGGGAGAGCUGGCCCUGGCCUUCUUCUCGGUGGUCAGUGCCGGCUCCCUGUUUCUCAUGCACUACACAGCCAGCAUCUGGGCGUGCUAUGCCGGCUACUUGAUGUUCAAGUCCAGCUACAUGCUUCUUAUAACCAUAGCGGCCUUUCAGAUUGCAGUUAACCUGAGCAUGGAGCGAUACGCCCUGGUGUUUGGGCUCAACACCUUCAUUGCUCUGGUGAUUCAGACCACGGUAACGGUGAUCGUGGUAGAUCAGAGAGGCCUUAACCUGCCCAUCAGCACUCAGUUUUUAGUUUAUGGGAGUUAUUUUGCCGUUAUUGCUGGAAUUUUCCUUAUUAGAAGCAUAUACAUUCUCUACUCAGCGAGAUGCCGAAAGAAAGUGCAGAGCUCGGCCACAUGUCAGAAUUCAUAUGUGCCACACACCCAGAGGGACGAAGGAAUGUCAUCAAGGGAACAGCCCUCUACUCUUACGUCAUCCACUACAGGCUCUUAG